AUGGCUUCAGCAGAACAGCAAAAGACCGGCUUGCUCGACCUCUCGAUCGAGCUGCGUAAUCAGAUCUAUGGCUACGUGCUCCAAGCAGACAAGCCCAUCGAGAUCGAGCUGAUCCGACGCCGUGAUGGACCACUCGAGCUUGCGCGCCGCGGCAUACCACGCAACAUGCAUCACCGCCACGAGGUGUACGACAGGCGCAAGAAGGCAUGGGUUCUGGCUGAGAUCAAGUAUGCUGCCAUCAUCUACGUCGGCAGACAGGUCUACCUCGAGGCAUCAGCCAUCCUCUACGCCGUCAACUGCUUCAAGUUCGCCAACACCACUGCACUUCGCGACAUACUUCCGAUUCUGGGUAAGUGCGCAGCGCUACUGCGCUACGUCGAGAUCGAGGCCGAGGGAUGUAGGAGCUGCUCAGCACCCGCUGCAUUCAAAGCGCUCAGCAUCGCCACCAACCUCAAGAAAAUCCAUAUUGGCCACUUCGACGUCUGCGACUCCCAUAACCAUCCCUACGCAGUCGGGCCGUCAAGCAUAGCAAGCCUUGUGGAAAAUUGUAAUCCACUGCUCAAAUGCCUCCAGUCUUCCUACCGCGAACAGAAGAAGGGAAUUGAUAUCGCCCAGGUCAUUUCGAUGCGAGUGUCGACCUGUAGAGACUGCUGCCAUGACCCAAUGGCGGAGGCUCCGGGACAGGGUCAUCGUUCGGCCCAUGGUUAUAGGGAUGAAAACAACACAUUUUGUGGUUGGCUCUGUAGUGGCGUCAAGACAAGGAACGAAGAGCUGGAAAAUUUGAUCUCGAAUGAGAUUCUCAGAUUGCUCCACAAAGAUGAAGAAGCAAAGUUCAACGAUCUAACGCCGAAGCAGAUACCACGUCGGUCAAAGCGCAACAAGAAGGAGUAA